AGUGUAAAUCAAUUCAUGCGGUGUGUGUGUUUGUGUGUGUGUGCAGAUGACAGCGCGUCUGCUACCAGCAGCAUGGAGGUGACGGACCGCCUGGCGUCUCUGGAGCAGAGGGUUCAGAUGCAGGAGGAUGAGAUCCAGCUGCUCAAGUCAGCCCUGGCCGACGUAGUGCGGAGGCUCAACACCUCAGAGGAGCAGCAGAACCUGCAGACACGCAGAGGGCCCACCAAAGCCAGACCAAUGAUACCUGCACUGCCCUUACGACCAACAGUCAACAAUGGCACAGUCCUGCCAAAGAAAGGAGGCGGGACUCUGCCAUCGCCCUCUGGUGGACGGAAGGACUCUGGCCCACCGUCCAACAAAAGUCUGUCCUCCAUGUCUGGCUCCACCAGACUUCUCUACGUUCCCCUCAGCACCGUGCGGAGAGCCAACUCCAACGAGCAUGUCGGUACGGGCACACGGAAGGACAACGGCGAUGGCAAGAACAACCGGACACGCGCCGGAUCCACUGGGAGCAACUCCAGCGGCAAGCGAGCCAGUGAAAGUAAGCCGAAGGAGCCAGUCUUCAGUACAGGGAUGCGACGUGUCACCCACUGCAAAGAGGAGGGUUAUGUGAAAAUGUACUUGAAGGGGCGCCCCAUCACCAUGUACCUGCCCAAGGAUCAUCUGGACUCCUACUGCCUGGAGGCCAAGGCUGAACUGCCGAGCAGGAAACUCAAACUGGACUGGGUGUAUGGUUACCGUGGUCGCGACUGUCGUUCCAACCUGUACCUGCUGCCCACGGGGGAGACGGUGUACUUCAUCGCCUCUGUGGUCGUCCUCUACAACGUGGACGAGCAGCUGCAGAGACACUACACUGCACACACCGAUGACAUCAAGUGCCUGGCUGUCCAUCCUGAUAAGAUUACCAUAGCAACAGGACAGGUUGCAGGCACCUCCUCUGAAGGCAAACAGCUGCCUCCUCAUGUACGUGUGUGGGACUCAGUGAGCCUGAAUACCCUGCAUGUGCUGGGGACAGGAUUCUUCGACAGGGCCCUGGUCUGCCUGGCCUUCUCCAAGUCGAAUGGAGGGAACAGCUUGUGUGUGGUAGAUGACUCCAAUGACCAUGUGCUCUCUGUCUGGGAUUGGCAGAGAGAGGAGCGGCAGGCUGAGGUCAAGUGCUCCAACGAGGCAGUGUUUGCUGCAGACUUCCACCCCACGGACAGCAGCCUCCUGGUCACCUGUGGGAAGUCCCACCUGUGCUUCUGGACCCUGGAGAAAGGCAGCCUGGGGAAGAAGCAGGGCCUGUUUGAGAAACAAGAGAAGCCCAAGUUUGUCUUGAGUGUGACUUUUUCAGAAAAUGGAGACACCAUAACUGGAGACUCCAGUGGUAACAUUUUGGUGUGGGGGAAAGGGACUAACCGUAUCAGCCAUGCAGUGCAAGGGGCUCAUGAGGGCAGCAUCUUUGCUCUGUGUAUGAUGAGGAACGGCACUCUGGUCUCUGGUGGAAAAGACCGGAAGCUUGUCUCCUGGGACGGAGCUCACCAGCAGAUCCAGACUGUGGAGGUGCCCGAGCUGUUUGGGCCAGUCCGUACUGUGGCGGAGGGUCGGGGGGAGAGCCUGCUCAUAGGAACUACCAAGAACUUUGUCCUCCAGGGCAGUCUGGAUGGGGAGUUCAGCCCAAUAACACAGGGUCAUACAGAUGAGCUGUGGGGGUUGGCUGUCCACCCCUUGACUCAUCAGUUCCUCACUUGCGGCCAUGACAGGCAGGUCAGCCUCUGGAAUGCCUCUACCCAUCAGCCCCUCUGGAACAAGAUCAUGGAGGACGCUGCUCAAUCAGCAGGCUUCCACCCCUCCGGAGCUGUGGUUGCCAUAGGAACGCAGACAGGCAGGUGGCUGGUGUUGGACACGGAGACUAAGGAUCUGGUGACCGUCCACACAGAUGGUAACGAGCAGCUGUCAGUCAUACGCUACGCUCCAGAUGGCAACUUCCUGGCCAUUGGGUCACAUGACAACUACAUUUACAUCUACGCCGUGACUGACAGCGGCAGGAAGUACAGCCGAGUGGGAAAGUGCUCGGGCCACUCCAGUUUCAUCACCCACCUGGACUGGUCGCUCGACUCCCAGUACCUGGUGUCCAACUCUGGGGACUAUGAGAUCCUCUACUGGAUUCCCUCGGUGUGUAAGCAGGUAGUGAGUGUGGAGACCACUAGAGACAUUGUCUGGGCCACCUCCACCUGUACCCUGGGUUUCCAGGUCUUCGGGCUGUGGCCUGACGGUUCAGAUGGGACAGACAUCAAUGCCGUCUGCCGGUCCAAUGAGAACAGACUACUGGCAACAGGAGAUGACUUUGGCAAAGUCCACCUCUUCUCCUUCCCCUGCUCACAAGUCCGGGCUCCCAGCCAUGUGUAUAGUGGGCACAGCAGUCAUGUGACCAACGUCAACUUCCUGUAUGAUGACAGCUGUCUGGUGUCGACAGGAGGGAAGGACAUGAGUGUCAUGCAGUGGAGGAUAGUGUGAUUAAAUGGACUGAGAGCUGUAAAUACUAGCAGCCUAACACCGACAUCUUCAGACAGAUCGACGGGGACAAAGACUGACGGACAAGAAGACAGACAGACUGAAAAGAAGAUAGUCAGACUGACUGACAGACAAGAAGAUAGACUGACUGACAAACAGGAAUAUAGACAGACAUGAGUGACAGACAGACAGACUGACAGACAGACUGACAGACAGUGGCACUUAGGGGCUCGGGUCAGAUCUAUGUGUGGAUCAAAGGCCUCUGCACUGAAAUCCAGACAAGCUUGUUGUUGAUGUAUGGGGUUGUAGGUCUGUUGGUGGGGCGAGGUGUGCUACUGUAAAGGGCCAGUGGUUUAGGAGUGUUACUACUGGAGGAAUGGUAUAGGGUACAUGCAUCGGGCAGUUUCUAUCCACGCUUUUUUCUAACUGUUUUAAAACUCUGUCUACUUUUGUAUUUCACUACUCAGGAAACGACAAUGAACUUAGGAGUAUAAGCUCUUCCCUGUCAAAGCUUGUCGUGGCUUCUCUGUCUAGUCCAACUGACACUCCUCUAUGAAAAAAAACACACAUACAUUUCUAUUUCCUACUGUAAGUGUGCAUGACUAUAAAUCUUAAGAUAGUCAAAUCAUGUGAAUUGGAAAACACACAGCACUGAUUCUUGAGUAGAGAAAUAUUAAACAUGAUAAUGGAUUUCUCAGUAUUUCAUCAUGGUGUGAAUCUUGUUGACAUCUGACAGGUCAACCCCCAGCGGUUGGUUGAAGCCAAACACUGUGAUUGGGCCUUGUGAGAUGCCCGGUACACCUAACAUUGUCUCUCUGCUGUUACCUACUAGCUAUCUGGGACAUUGCAUGUUGUCCUCCCAGCCAACUGUUUCAACUUCAGAAGCGGACUGUCAUUUCCAAAAGCCCUUUAAAGGCAGAAGGAACAUACUUAAGUCGAAAUAACACAGUUAAAUGUAUUUACAAAAAACUGAAACCAAGCCAGUUGUUCAGCAAAAGGUUCCACUGGGAUAUAACCACAACUUCUAAGCUUUAAAGAAUACCAUCUAGAUCUCUUUCUGACUAAAUACACUUGAAGCCCAUCCAGACUAAAUGGUUGUAAUUGGUAUCACAUCUGCAUUUCCUCAUUGUAAAAUGCAUUAUAUUUUACAUAUAUAAAGCCCAAGUAACUGACCUGAGAGGCAUGUAGGCCUAUAAUCCACAAAGCUUUCAGCUUCCAAAUGUUUUACUUUUUCUCAAAUUACCUACCUAUGUCACAUCCUGAGUUCCCAGUUUUCCUAUUUGAUUACUUCCUGUAUAGCUGUGUGCUAGUGUGUGUAAAAUAAGUGUGAGUGUGAGGACCAGACCACUGUUAACAGUACUUGUUGGUUGCCAGGACGUUGCCAUGUUCAUGAGCUGGGAAGGAUCUUGCUCUUCCUGGGAUGAAUGGCAUCUCUGAUAUCCUUUAGUUUGCACUUCUGUAGGUCCAGAACAUAAGUCUACAGUGUAGUAGAUUAGUAUUUUUGAUUUAACAUGACUAAUAACUUACCUGGUAACAAAUGAUGCCUAGUGAUGUUCAGUAUGAUGAAUUCCAAAGAAAACAAAACACUUCUAAUUCUGUAUUACUGUACCACAAAAUUAAAGUAAACACCAAGUGGCCCAUAGUUCCAGUAUUGUGAAUGCAAGUUUUGGAUGAGAUUUGUAUUCAGUGCUUACCUUUUCCCUGGCAUCUUUAUGAAUAGAACAAGUGAUGUACAGAGAGCUGAAAGUCAGACUCAAACUUAAAUAAUUCCCUCUGUCUGCUACUGUACCACUCUUAACCAUGAAUUUGUCAAUAGUUUCAUGCCAUAUUUGUUAGAAAAUUAUAAAGCAUGCAUACACACCAUAACAUACCAAUAACACUGGUUCAGGUGUGUAAAACGUGACCACAAUGACAAUGUAACUCUGAAUGAAUUGUUUUAUUAACAGCUUUUUGUUUCUUUAUAGAUGAUUUGGUUUGCCUUAGGGAGGAUAAGUGAGAUUCCUGCAUAGUUGGCAUGUAUGCUCAGUUAGCACACAGGUCUAUGGACAACGAUAUUGAACACUACGCCACGAAGACUGAUCAUGGUCAUCAUGGUUGAUCUACGAUUCUGAUCCUGUACAGCAUUUGUUCGACAGUAAACUAUGAGAGUGAAAAUUAA